AUGGCCGCUGCAUCAAAGUCAACAAAAAACAACACGCGGCGGCUGCAGAUCAGCCAGCUGCCGGCGUUUAUCAUGGGAGACUCCGGUGGUGAGGCGAUUUCGGCCGCGGAAAAGGAACUCAUGGACAAGGUUUGGAAACUGGUAAACACAACUACUUCCUCGACCACGUCGAACUAUGAAGGGACAGCAGGAGGAGCAGGAAUGUUAAAUGCGGCAGCUUUAGGUUCGUCAUCAAAAUGUGGACGCGCAGGACCUCAUUCGACUUCCGCUUCUACUGCCACAUCAAGGAGACCUCUGCAGGUCUACCUUCGGGAAAUCCUUGGCGAAAUCUUCUCGACGACCAACGAUCCAAUAGCUGUGUGCACG